CCACUAUCCCCACCACUUCUAUUUAAUGCAUUAAAUUGUCUUCUACUUUGAACAUAUGUAUAGUGCCUGUGGAUCAGCCUUCAACAUACUUGCGGUUCGAAUCCAAACACCUACCUUGCAGCAGAUACAACUUCUAAUGGGAGGUGAAGGUUCGAACUCCUUCCCGUGGAUCGAUCCGGACUACCAAAGACUCCCAUCCUUCAUGAAAGUGUUCCACCAAGAGCGUUUCAAGGAUGACAUGCGGCUUCCACCCGAGUUCGUGGCGAUUCACGGCCAUGACCUUCCGUGGGACUGUAGACUCGUCUGGCCGAGUGGAGUACGCUACAUGGUGCGAAUCAUGAAGCUAUCGAAUGGGUUCUUCUUUUCUAUGGGCUGGCGUGAGUUUGUUCGGGCUACUAAUGUCGUACACGGCGAUCUUCUCACCUUCACUCUGGUCGAUGUCGGAAUUUUCAAUGUGAAGAGGUUUGAUAGCGCGACGCAUUGUCCACCACAGGGAGACGUUGACGUUGAUGACGCCCCUGAUGUGGGAGGCAUCUACUCUCCGGACAUCGAAACGUCCGACGAUUACGCGCCAUCGGACAGUGAAUCUGACACAACCGUGGAUGAGGAGUACGCGGACGAUAGCAGGGCACUAAGCAUCGAUGAAUUGCCUACAUUCGUCAUUUCACUAACCCAGGCGAACAUUGAUCGCAGCAUUGAGAUCCCGUAUGGCUUCUGGCAACGCCAUAUCCCAAUGGGGGCUAUUGAAGCGGGCGUGUCUAUGGUGACCGAACGAGGGAUGUGGCGAUGUACCCUGAAACACAACUCGAAGAAGAUAUGGGUGAAGCAUGGGUGGACUCGUUUCAAACACAAGCACAAUCUGGUGGAAGGGGUGCGUUGCCAUUUCAAGCUCGUUGAUGCUUUGGUUGUCCAAUUUUACGUGUGGUUUGAUCGUCCUUAGGUCUCGUUUGAAGCUGGUAUGGUAGCUAUAUGCAGUGUUAGUUAGGUUAACUUUAUCAUAUUGUAGUGGAUACUUGCGGUGUGUACGCUCACAUGAUCCUCGCAAAAUUUUCUGAUGGAAUUGCUUUCAUGCUUGAUCAUUGGGUGUAAUGUAUGGUACUGUGGUUCAGUGUAAUGCAAGUAUGUUGCGUAA